AUGGGUCUCUUCGGCCAUUUGGGUCUGUCGGACACUCCCAAGGAGAUCUUCAACUACCGUCUCUUCUGGUCUGUUGGGGUCUUUGGCAUCCUCGGUGCCGGAAGAGGAAUCGAUGAAGGCUUAGUGGGUGGGAUGAUCUCACUCAAGAGUUUCAAAGAUGAAUUUCCGCUGGAAGUUGGCUCUCCCUCGGAGAUCGCCAAUCGUGAGUCGAAUAUAACAAGCAUGGUCCAACUCGGCUCUAUUGGCGGUGCUUUGCUGGCCUUCAUUCUGUGCGAUCGAAUCGGCCGUGUCAGAUCUCUCCAAGCCCUAACGUCCCUCUGGGCAAUUGGCUUCGUCAUUGUCGUCACCAGUUUUGGAAACAUUGGUCAGAUUCUCGCCGGUCGUUUGAUUGCCGGUCUCGGUGUUGGUAUGACCACCGUCGUUGGUCCAACGUACCUGGCCGAGGUUGCUCCAAAAGAGAUUCGCGGCAUGCUGACCAACAUCUUUGCGGGUGCUGUAUACUUGGGUGUCAUGAUUGCCUACUUUGCGAAUUGGGGUUGCUCGGAGAACAUAUCUGAUGCUUCUCGCUCCCAGUGGGUCAUACCACAGUCGAUCCACAUCAUGUUUGCUGGUGUCAUCUUUAUUGCUUCUUGGACCGUCCCUGAGAGCCCGCGAUUUCUUGUCAUGAGAGGGAAGCACGAACAGGCUUUGAAGAAUCUUUGUACCCUACGUCAACUUCCCAGUGACCAUCCCAUUAUCAUGUCUGAGAUUCUAGACAUCCGUGAUCAGCUAGGUCAUGAACAAGAAAGUACUCGGGGGUCUUCCUUGUGGGGGAAGCUCAAAGAGCUUGUCACAAUACCAGCAAACCGCUACCGAUUGAUGCUGGGAGUCAUGUCACAGCUGCUUGGACAAUGGUCCGGCGCCUCGGCAAUUACCAUCUACGCUACAAGCUUCUUUGCUGCUCUUGGCAAGACCGGUCAGAGUGAAAAGCUAUUUGCGACUUGCAUUCUCGGCAUCGUCAAAUUUUGCUCCGCUUAUAUCUGUGCUUUCUUCCUUAUCGAUUUCCUCGGUCGUCGUCGCUCACUUUAUACCGGAAUCAUCUUACAGACUUUAUCAAUCUGCUACAUCGCAAUCUAUAUGGCCAAAGUACCAGCCUCGGCCCAUGUUUCAGAGACUAGUGAGAUCACAGGUUCUGCAAAGCGUGCUGGUAUUGGGGCUAUUGCAGCUAUCUAUAUCUCUGGGUUUGGCUGGGCCAUCGGUUGGAACUCCUUCCAAUAUCUGGUCAAUGCAGAGAUCUACCCCAGUCGGCUGCGUGCGCUUGGCUCUUCUAUUGUCAUGUGUAUCCACUUUGCCAAUCAAUUCGGAAACACCAAGGCUGUUCCUAGCAUGGUUCUUGUUAUGACUAAUUACGGCUUCUUCGUUUUUUGCACUGCGGUCUGUGUCCUUGGCCUCUUGUGGGUUUGGUUCUUUGUCCCCGAAACUGCGGGGAGAAGUCUUGAGUCAAUGGAUGCACUAUUUGCCCUCCCAUGGCACCAAAUUGGUCGCCAUGGUAAGUCUCUGUCUCCUGCUGGGGCUGACUACUUCGCCGAUGAUCAGGAGAAGGCCAAUGCGAUUCAUCGCGAGUAA